CACUUAAGAUUGCAGACGGUUCACUUUUUGUGUAGAAUUCUAAUGUCGAGAGCUUUUAAAGUGCAAUUGCCAAAAUCAUACAGUAAUGUAAAAGAUGCAAAGUUAGUGCAAAAGGGAAGCAAUGUAUGGGUUCAGCUACCAGCUAAUUUGGUCACUGAUCGUAAAAUGUGUCGAAAAUCCGUGUAUAUGGACGACUUUAACGCGAGGAAUUUGUACAAUUCCAAAUACAGGCAUACAAAAGCUAAAGUAAACACAAGACGAUCCAGUUGUAAGGAUUUAUCUAAUCCUCGAGAUCACUUGGUUCCAGGCUACAAUGUUAUAGGUGAUGCAGGAGGGACUUGUCAUGGUUAUCUGAAUUUAAAGAAGAAAAAAAGAUUUGGAGAAUUAUCGAACAGUUUCUACGAAGGCAUGUCUAAAGGCAAACGUUACGAUGAUAUGAAGAAGAACAAUUCAGAGUCAAUUCAUGCAUUUAUUUCUAUCAUUGAUGAAGAAAUUAACCCAUCCUUACAUGAUCAUUAUUCUGUGAACUUUCCUUCGUAUGAUACAAGAAAACUUUCAUCGUCAAGGUCACGUGACGAUAAAGCAAGACAUGAUAUACCAGAUUCACUGACUGAGGAGAUUAUCCACAAACAUUCCUCGAAGAGGUUAGAUCUUGAAAACUACGAAGCGAGACGGGCCUUCUCUGCACCUAUACCUCGCUGUCAAUCGAAGUCACAACAUCAGAUUGCAUCUUUCGAGCCUUAUGCCGAGCCUUAUGACACUCACAUUGACCACUCUAAAGGAAGACAUGAUCUGCAGUUUUACAAAAAAGUGAGACCAAAUAAUGGACCUUCUUUGGAUUAUCUUUAUAAACCGUCAGGUUUGAUAAACUCCAGUUACUUGAAGAUGUCAGCACCUUUGUAUGAGCAUGGACGUAGCACUUUCUUUCACACUGCAUCUAAUAUUCGUGGCUCAUUCGUUGUUGCACCCGACUGGGUUUCAGAAAGAAAGACUGCUGCUGUUGUGCGCUCUAAACAAAUAGUCACAAUAUGAUGUGUAUAAUUCUGCUAAUAUUUAUUAAAAAGCUUUACAUUAUGAAGCCCAUAUUUUUAACUAUUUUAUUGAAUAAAUAGGACAAAUUGCG